UAAAAUUCGGGUGAGCUGGCAAUCUCGCAUUCAUCCCUCAAGAGCCAAUCAUCCGAACAUGGGAGCCAAGAUCGAUUCUGUAAGCCAUGGGCUUGAUUUCUCCAUAUCGAUGACAGCAUUUGGUAUUUCCUUGACUGCUUUCGUCGCGAAUCAUCGACAAAAGCUAUGGUACAAAGGCGGCAUUGAGGGCUGGAAUUCCAGCCCAAGCGAGCGAAUUCACUGCGAUUUGCCCGGAAACUGCCACGAGUUGCCUGAGCCGCUUGUCUGGUCUCAACAACUCACUCAAGCCACGCUUGCAAUUGCCCUAUUGUCUUUGAUUCUGUUCAUCACCCGCAUCGUCUUGAGGAUUUCUGGACAGUUGUCACGAACGGUAUCAAUUAUAUACGAUAGCAUUCUUUCAUUCUUCUGGGUCCGCGUUCUCCUAUCACAGGCAUCGGGCGAUCUGUCAGACCCGCGGCAUCCAAGCACUUGGCCAUGGUAUUUGACGCGAACAUGCCCGACGGAUACAGCUGCCGCAUGCAUUACCACCCAGGCCGGCUUUGCCAUAUCGGUCCUCGCGACUGUCUUCUAUGGCGGACGACUUAUGGCUUCUGCUGUAGGAAUUGCAGGGUUGUCAUUCAAGCCUAAAGAGGAUGGAUAUCGAAGCGUUGCCUUGAUCCCAAACUUGUUCGAUCAAGAGAAUGGCCUCUGCCCAGAUUGCGCUGCGGCGCUUGAAAAGGAACGGUAUCGAUACCAUUAUGGUGAGGCUUUGAGCCCUGUACUUGCCUUCUUCCCAAAUGAUGAGUAUCUCGUUGCACGCGAAGCAAGUUCAAUAUUUUCAACAUAGAGUUUUGAAAGAGUAAAGGUCUUCUGCAUUGUCAAAUGCAAUCUGGGUGUGGUACGCAGUUGAGGUUUACCCUGGAGUGGAGGCUUUUCGAUACCAAGCAGCGGUGCGAGGGCCGAAUGGCUGAGAGGAGCUUGGAGUUGUUAUGUUUUGAAAGGAACAUCAAAAUGAGAACCAAGAAGACCGAAUGUGACUUACUUUAUGAACUAGUAGAAUGAUUACACUGGAUAAUGCCAGAAUCCUUACCGUGGAUUAACCCUCUGUUUUAA